GGGGCCUGAUGAGAGGAUGGCGGAGGCAGGGGGACCGGUGUCCACUGCGGCCCGGUGCCCGGACGAGUCAUCAGACAGCGAGCCGGAACAAGAGCCCGGAUCUCCGCAGAAACUCAUCCGGAAAGUUUCGACGUCGGGCCAGAUCCGCAGCAAGACGGUGCUGAAGGAGGGAACUCUUCUGAAACAGACCAACUCGUUCCAGCGUUGGAAGAGACGAUACUUCAAGCUGAGAGGACGGACGUUGUACUAUGCCCAGACCUGCAAGUCCAUCAUCUUUGAUGAGGUGGACCUGACGGAUGCCAGUGUGGCCGAGUCCAGCACCAAGAACGUCAACAACAGCUUCACGGUGAUCACCCCCUGCAGGCGCCUCAUCCUCUGUGCGGACAACAGGAAGGAGAUGGAGGAGUGGAUGGCCGCGCUGCGCAGCGUCCAGAACCGACAGAACUAUGAGUCCACCCAGUACAGCAUGGACCACUUCAGUGGGAUGCACAACUGGUACGCCUGCUCCCACGCCAGACCCACCUACUGCAACGUGUGCAGGGAGGCGCUGUCCGGGGUCACGUCACAUGGCCUGUCCUGCGAAGUGUGCAAGUUUAAGGCCCAUAAGCGCUGUGCAGUCCGAGCCACAAACAACUGCAAGUGGACGACUCUGGCGUCCAUCGGGAAGGACAUCAUUGAGGACGAGGACGGGGUGUCGAUGCCUCACCAGUGGCUGGAGGGGAACCUUCCGGUGUCGGCGAAGUGUCUCGUUUGUGACAAGACGUGCGGCAGCGUCCUCCGACUGCAGGACUGGAGGUGUCUGUGGUGUAAAGCCAUGGUCCACUCAGCCUGUAAGGACCAGCUGUCGUCCAAAUGUCCCCUGGGUCAGUGUAAGGUGUCUGUCAUCCCUCCGACGGCGCUGAACAGCAUUGACUCUGACGGUUUCUGGAAGGCGUCCUGUCCUCCGUCCUGCACUAGUCCUCUGCUGGUCUUCGUUAACUCUAAAAGUGGAGACAACCAGGGGGUCAAGUUCCUGCGGCGCUUCAAGCAGCUGCUGAACCCGGCACAGGUGUUCGACCUGAUGAAUGGAGGGCCUCACCUGGGCCUGCGGCUGUUCCAGAAGUUUGACACGUUCAGGAUCCUGGUUUGUGGAGGAGAUGGCAGCGUCGGCUGGGUUCUGUCUGAGAUAGACACUCUGAGUCUGCACAAACAGUGUCAGCUGGGUGUCCUCCCUCUGGGGACGGGGAAUGAUCUGGCCCGGGUUCUGGGAUGGGGUUCAGCCUGCGACGAUGACACUCAACUUCCUCAGAUCCUGGAAAAACUGGAGAGAGCCAGCACCAAGAUGCUGGACAGGUGGAGUAUUAUGGUUUAUGAAACUAAGUUUCCACGGCAAAACUCUAACUCAACUGUAACCGAGGACUGCAGUGAUGACUCUGAGGUUCAGCAGAUUCUCACUUACGAGGACUCCGUGGCCGCUCACCUGUCUAAGAUCCUGACCUCAGACCAGCACUCGGUGGUAAUCUCCUCAGCCAGAGUUCUGUGUGAGACGGUGAAGGACUUUGUAGCUCGAGUCGGUAAGGCUUACGAGAAGAACACAGAGAGUUCAGAAGAGUCAGAAGCCAUGGCCAAGAAGUGCGGUGUGCUGAACGAAAAACUCGACUCCCUUCUGAAGACUCUAAACGACGAGUCUCAGGCUUCAUCUUCGCUCCCUCCAUCUCCUCCGACGACCCUAGCUGAGGAGCAGGAAGAGCUGGAAGUAAUAGUCUUCACUCCUUCUCUUCAUCCUGCUCCUCAUCCUCACAUCCCACCCAACUCCCCUCCCUGCUCUCCACGGACCAACCCCUCUUCCUUAGCAGCGGCCGCCAUUUUUAAACCUCGAGAGCAGCUAAUGUUGCGAGCCAACAGUCUGAAGAAGGCCAUCAGACAGAUCAUCGAACACACAGAGAAAGCUGUGGACGAGCAGAAUGCUCAGACUCAGCAUCAGGCGUUCUCUCUGGUCCGGGCCCAGCAGGAAGUGAGUCUGGUGGAGGAGGACGAAGAUGUGGAUGAAGACAAGAUGUCUCUGCAGUCAACCUACAGCUCCAAGCAGCGCAGCUUUCGUAGAGUCAGUAAGACGCCAUGUGAGAAGCUCAUCAGUAAAGGCAGCUUGUCGCUGGGUGCUGCAUCACUUCCUGUCUACACAGGAAGCAGGGACAAUAUGCCCAUGCUCAACACAAAGAUCCUUUUUCCAGGUUCUCUGUCCAGCAGCUCCGUCAUCAGUCGACUGCUCGUCAAUGCCGAUCCGUUCAGUUGCGACCCCGACAACAUGGAAUGCUUCACUGAGAAGUGUGUCAUGAACAACUACUUUGGUAUCGGACUGGACGCCAAGAUCUCCCUGGACUUCAACAACAAGAGAGACGAGCACCCAGAAAAGUGCAGGAGUCGGACUAAGAACAUGAUGUGGUACGGAGUGUUGGGAACCAAAGAGCUUCUGCACAGAACCUACAAAAACCUGGAGCAGAGAGUCCUGCUGGAGUGUGACGGCCGGCCCAUCCCCCUCCCUAGUCUGCAGGGAAUUGCAGUGCUGAACAUCCCAAGUUACGCGGGAGGAACCAACUUCUGGGGCGGAACCAAAGAGGAUGAUACCUUCACAGCGCCGUCAUUUGAUGAUAAGAUCCUGGAGGUGGUUGCCGUAUUUGGCAGCAUGCAGAUGGCGGUUUCACGUGUCAUCAACCUGCAACACCACCGCAUUGCCCAGUGUCGGACAGUGAAGAUCACCAUACUGGGGGAUGAGGGUGUCCCUGUUCAGGUGGACGGGGAGGCUUGGAUACAGCCUCCUGGCUACAUUAGGAUUAUUCACAAGAACCGGACCCAGACCCUGACCAGAGACCGGGCGUUUGAGAGCACCCUGAAAUCCUGGGAGGACAAACAGAAGUGUGAGUUUCCGCGGUCUUCACAGCCCCCCCUGUCCUCUCAGCCGGAGAUCGUCUCAGAGGAAGAGGCAUCGCUAAUCAGCGAGUUCGGUCAGGCUGCCGGAGCCCUGAUACACAGUAUCCGUGAGGUUGCCCAGUCCCACCACAGCAUGGAACAGGAACUGGCUCACGCCGUCAACGCCAGCUCCAAAGCCAUGGACGUAGUCUACACCAAGAACUCCGGGGCUCUGAGCUGCAGCUUGGUGGUCCAGAUGGUCUGUAAUGUCAAAGCGUUGCUCAGUGAGACCGAACUGCUCCUGGUUGGAAAGAUGUCCAUGCAGUUGGAUCCGUUUCAGCAAGAACAGCUGAAUUCAGAUCUGAGUUCUGUGGCUCAGCAUCUCCGCCGACUGACCGAUGUUCCCUGGUUGUGUCCCGUCAUCGACCCCUCAGACCACGAGGAUCCUCUGACAGAUUUUUCCAAACGAAGUCGGACCACUAAGUUUCGUCUUGUCCCGAAGUUCAAAAAAGAUAAAAAUAACAAGAACAAAGAGACAUGUUCAACGCUGUCCCUACCAGUCCACCAGUGGGGGACAGAGGACGUGGGGGCGUGGCUGGACUUCCUGUGUCUCUCUGAGUAUAAGGACAUCUUUAUUGGACAUGAUGUUCGCGGAGCUGAGCUCAUCCACCUGGAGAGGAGGGACCUGAAGGACCUGGGAGUGACGAAGGUGGGUCACAUGAAGCGGAUCCUGCAGGGCAUCAGGGAGCUGACCAGGACCAGCAGCGCCAGCGAGGCCUGAACACGACCAGCAACCAGUGCCGGUGCUCCUCCUACCUCUGCUGUUUUUCACUACCUCCUCCACCCGAACGCUGACCCCCUGAACACAACCAGAACCACGACCGAUAUCCAGGACUGGUCUCUGUCUCACCUCAGCCCACCUGGAUCCAGUCCAGAUUAUAAACCAAUCAGAAGAUCUAUUACUGCCUUUGAAUCCAACCCGGCCAUCAGCGUGGAGGUCUGGGAGGGUCUGGCUGGAGGAUUCAGAACCUCGUCUUCUGGUUCUGGUGUUUUUUUAUCUGCACAGUGACGAAUCCUCAUCCUGUCGCCUCCGUUCUUUCAGCAGCUCCAAAAGUUCUGAUGUGGUGGAUGAAAUGAGACCCGGCUCUCUGUGACCAGAUUACUGCGGUCCACGUUUAUUGUGACCUGGUUUCCUGCAGUCCAAACCCAUCAGAACCCUAGAGGUUGGAGAUUUCUUGCAGCCUGAAUCAGAAUCGUGACUGGGUUCUAGCAGAACUGGACUCAAAGUCACUUCUUCACCCAAAGUCCAGGCCGGCCAAUCAGAACCUGGUCGUCCUGUUGGACCAGAAUCCAGCAGAGCCCUUUGAAUGGCCCAGUGUGGUUGGGUUCUGUGGUUCCGGCAGCGCAGCAGAAACCUCUGGUUCUGUUUGGGUCGGUUCAGAGACAUUCCUUUAUGUCUUAUUGAUGGUUUUGGGUCCAAAACUGUUUAAAGGACCAAAAUAUUUCAGAGAAACCUGGUUUGGUUCUAAACAGAUGUUCCUUAAUUGUUUCACAGGAGCUGAAAUCGGGAGACAUGGUCUGGGUCCAGGACCCUGAUCUGGAUCUGAACACAGACCAUUUCAUCAGACCCGAAACGUCUCAGCUUCAGGCGGUGAAAUGAUGAGAAGUCCAAGCAUCCUUAAAAGCACCAUCAGGACUAAGGGUGGACAAAUCAGACGGCUGCUCUGAGGUCAGCUGACAGGAAGAAGUGGUUCAGCUGAUCUCAGAUCAAAUGUUUUCUGUCUGAUUCUUAUUGGUCAAUCAGAUCCAGAUGAGUUCUGAUCCGGAUCCGUGUGGGUUUCUGUAGAACUCUUUGAGUCCAAACAGAUGUGUGAGUCAGUCUGAGCAUGCUCAGAACAGCAGCAGGUGUGUCAGUGCCAACCCAUCAGGGUGUAGUGCCUUGCUCGAGGGCAGAGGUUGCUCCUCUGCAGUCAUGAAGAGCUCAGCCUGUAUUUAAGGUGUAAUUUAUGAAUGAAGCGCCCCCUGCAGGCCGCUGCUGUAAAUACAUGUUGUUGUAUAAACACAAAUAAACUUCCUGUCUCA